UCAUCCUUGGCCAACUCGGUACGAAUAGGCCCGCGCCAUUUCAUCACUUGAUUCGAGUUAUCACCUACAACAUAGGUACAUACAUUUGCACAUUGUCAAUUGCUGUAAUAUUUGCGAACAAAAGUCCUAUUUAAAGAACACAUUCUCAAUUUUGAAUCAGUAUACUGUCACGUCUUCAGUUCACAAUGAUUGCUUUGAAAGUUGUGUUAUUUGCCGUUUUGGCGACCAGCUUGGCUGCUGAAGACGCAUCCAAACCAAAAGUAGAAGUACUGACUGAGAGAACAUUCGUCAAAGAAGAUGGGUAUAAUUUCGAGUACAAGUUAAGCGACGGUGUGUCGAGACAAGAAGAAGGAUCACUGAUCACAGUAGGCGAUCACCAGGGCAUCGGUGUUCGUGGCCAAUACUCGUACGUAGCUCCCGAUGGCCAGGAGUACACGGUGACGUUUACGGCUGAUGACAAAGGCUUCAAUCCGGUCAUCCGCGCCUCACCCGCUAAGGGACAAUAAAAUAUUUUU